UUCAGAACUAGGCGCCUACGCAAUUUGCGUACGCCUUGUGCGUGUAACUAUCAUAAUUGCUUAUUUUGGGAUACGCCAUCUUUAAUUUGCAACUCUCAGAUUUUCUGGAUUUUCUUUUAAAUUCGCAAUAUUUUUUGAAUCUGUAGAAAUUAAUGGCGAUGUUGGGAUGUUUUACGUCUAUAAAUAGUUCUCUGUUGGGUGUUUCACUCGAAUUCUUGAAGUUGUGUUGAGAUUUUAAUGGCAAUGGUUCAAGAAGAACCUGCCCAGAAGUGUAGCAAUAGUAGUAGUGGUGAUGGUGGGGGAGGUGUUUGUAGUGGUAGAUCUUUGAAAAAGCUUAAACAGAAAAAAGUGCCCCAAAGAGGAUUAGGGGUUGCUCAGCUAGAGAAGAUCAGGCUAGAGGAACAGCACAGAAGGGAGAACAAUGCUUUCCAAGCAGCUAGUAAUAGUGUUUUCUCACCUAGCAUCUUGCUGCCUAAUAUCUCCUCAAUGUCUCACCUUUCUCCUCCUUCCUCAAUCCAUUCCCCACCUGAUCUCCCCUCAUGCCUCCCAAAGUUUGAUCAUGAGGGUGGUGAGAGGGGUAGAUCGGGCUUGAUGAUCCCAGGUCAUAGUCACUGGCCCAAACUGUGGGAUGGUGAAUACAAUCUUGAAGGAGAAGAGAGUAGAAGGCUGGAUCAUCCUGGGAUUCCUUUUUGGCCUACCAUAAACAUGCCUAUCGAACAGCAUUCUUCAGUUUUGCCUCUCCCAACUGCAUUGCAGAGAUCACAGCAAUAUCAGCAGCCUGCUUCUUCAUCAAUGGUGAACAUCUUGUCUGGGAUUUCAUCAUCAACGUCAUCUUUAAGGAAUUUUCAGACAGAGCCCCCUUCAAACCAAAUUUACCGUGAUAACGAUUACAUGCCACUGUGGCCUGAGGAAGUGAAGAUGGUUGGUGUCAAAAGGCCAUAUCCUUUCUCUCCAGAAUACCCGCCAGUUCCAUCAUUUAAUUGCAAAUUUCCUCCUGGCUAUGCUUCUUCCACAUUGAGGGCAAAUAAUGAAACAACAUCCUGUGGCAACAGUAGCGUAGCUAAUGUAUUAGAACCACACAAUCUUCCUAUCAGAGAAGGCAUUUCAAGCUCACAGUUUGAGUCCAACUCAAGAAGUCUUAACAGAGAAAAUGGAGGUCUUGAUGGAGAUUUCCUCUCGUUGGCCCCUCCGGCAGAUGCAGCUUCUUCAUCACAAAUAGAUCAUAGAUACCACCAUUCAUCCAGAAAUCAACUCCCCCUUAAUCCUGAAGCAUCAAAUCAGAGAGGUGGUGAAGAAAAAAUGAAACGACCAGGAAUGAUCAGAUGCGGUCAACCACACAUCUUCAGCUUCUUCCCACCAACUAAGGUGCAAAGUGAUCUUGAAGAAAGCUCUAAAAGAAGUGACAAGAGUGAAUCUAAUGGAGUUGUAGAUCUGGACCUGAAACUAUAGAUAGCGGCAUAGCGCAGCUUGUCCACCCCCUUUGACGAUUUUCCCAUGUUACAAUAUUUAGUGUUUCCAUAUAUGGUUUCAACAAUUCUACUUAUUCAUUUGCACCGGUGGAUGAAUGCUUGAUUCUUUCUAUCUUGUCCUUGAUAUGAAAUAGUUUCCACGCGGGAAGAGAAAUAUAUGCACUUGAGUUGGAACAUGAAACCAACACCAACUUCUCAGCUGUGUUAGCAUUGUUUAGUC